ACGUGAUUUCCUGUUUGGGGUCAAAGUUCGUGUUGACAUCCGCAGACUCACUCACGGCUAACUUAGCUUCACAAUGGCUGAAUUAGACAUCGGGAAACACUGUCAAAUCAGUUCCUGUAAUCUAAAAGAUUUUCUUCCAUUUGUUUGUGAUUUCUGCAGUGGUAUUUUCUGCCUUGAGCAUAGAAGCAGAGAAGCCCAUUCAUGUAAAGAGGAACCUGUGAAAAAGGAAUCCCAUAAUGCCGGUGGCAGUACAAGCUAUCCAUGCUCAUUUCAAGACUGCAAGGGGAAAGAACUGUUGCCUGUCAUAUGUCCACAGUGCGAAAAACACUUCUGUUUAGCCCAUCGUCAUCAAGAUGAUCAUAAAUGUGAGAAGUUGGAAGUCUCUAAGCCUCGAAUGGCAGCCACCAAAGAGCUGGUGCAAAAGAUUGUGGAGUCGAAGGAGGGAUCUAAACCUAAAGGACGAAGAGGAGCAAAGAACAGUGCAACUGCAGCUAAAGUAGCAUUAAUGAAACUGAAACUGCAUGCUGCAGGGGACAAGGGACUGCCACAGACAGAGAGAACCUAUUUUCAAGUUUAUCUUCCUAAAGAGUCCAAAGACUCCAGCCAGCCAAUGUUCUUCUGUUCCAAAUGGAGUGUGGGGAAAGUGGUUGAUUAUGCUGCUUCUCUAGCUAGUCUGAAGAACAACAAUAAUGUUUUGACAGCUAAGAAGUUGCGAUUAUGCCAUCCUGACACAGGUGAGGCAUUUCGAAUGGAUGACAUGUUGCUGUCUCUGCUGGCUCAACCAGAAUCUCCCCUGUACAAUGGGGGUAAUGUGAUCCUGGAGUACCUGGACAAUGAGUGCACCAGCUUGGAGAAUGUUUCUGAUUAUGUCACACAGUCCUGACCAGUUACAGCAUGAUGGAUUUAUAUAUGAAUUUUUUUAACUUCUGAAUAAAAUAUUGGGAAGAUUCCUGUAUUUAUGUAGCCAUUUGUCAUUACACCACAGUAAUGCAUUUUUUAAAAGAUGGCUGUGUUGAGCUCAAUGAAUGAUGCAGAUGAGAUUUCACAAAGAUGUAAUCUUACGACCCAGGUGGGACUUGAACCCACAAUCCCCAGCUCCGGAGGCUGAUGCCUUAUCCAUUAGGCCACUGGGCCUCUUGUGAAGAUGUUAAUAUAUAUAUCAAUUCAAACAAAAUACGGAGAACCAGUUUGUAUUUUUA